AUGGGGGAGGGAAUGUUCAUCAGUAUUUUAGGUUCUUUAAGGGGCGCCUCUCCUCCCCCGCAACGAAGUCCCACUAUUCCAGGGCUUUUGGAAAGUUUCCUACCCUCACAACACAAGAACAGUAGGAGCAAGAACAACAACAACAACAACAUCAACAACAAAGUAGUUUCUAGGUUCACUCCCCGAGUAAGCGAAAAGGCAAUGAAAAAUGUGGGUCAGGAGGAGGAGGAGGAGGAGGAAGAAGAGGAGGAGGAGGAAGAGGAGGAGGAGGUGGAGCGAAUAAAGAUGAAAAUGGAAAUAAGUAAGUGGCCGAAAAACGACUCUCUGCCACAUAUAAACUGA